AUGCAUCGGGAAUUCUCCCGUACGCAUAUGUUCGCUUCAAUGAGUCAUCAUCGCUUUGUAUCUCGAGGUCCUAAUAUAAUACAACGAAUAGGAAGGAAGACGAUAUUGUUAGUUAAGUACUAUUCCAACUGUUCAUACCUGAGGGGUAUGACUGCAACUAACAAAAACAAUUUCGUCUCUCGAAGCCCUAAUCAGCUCUGGCCCGGAGGCCCUAGGUUCGCGGAUAGUUCCAAAGUUGGGUUGGACAGGCUGGGGUUUAGGGACUUUGGGCCUUUGAGGAGCACUGGUCUCGAGACUCAGCUUUUGAUCAGGCGCGGGUUCGUUGAUGUACUCAAUCCCGACAAGCUCUUGCCCGGAGGCCCUGGGUUCGCAGAUAGUGGUGAGGUUUUCUCGUCGUCGUAG